AUGGCCUAUGCACAAUGUUUUGGUCCAAAUUUCAUAUUGGGUUUUGUGUUUUCUUGUGGUUCGCCGUCACAACAGAGACUCCCUUUGAUGUUUCCUGCAUCACACUCUGGAUUUUCUCUCAAAUUCUAUGACGGGGUUUGUGCCAGACCCUUUAAGUUCCAAAGCCCCUCCAUUGUUGCUGCAAAACACGGUUCAAUGAGGGGUUUUAGGGCUCUGAAAUCUGUGGAACUGGACCAGUUUGUGACGAGUGAUGAUGAGGAGGGUGAAAUGGGUGAUGGGUUCUUUGAGGCUAUUGAGGAGCUUGAGAGGAUGACAAGGGAGCCCUCUGAUAUUCUUGAGGAGAUGAAUGACCGUUUGUCUGCAAGGGAACUACAGCUUGUGUUGGUGUAUUUCUCUCAGGAUGGGAGGGACUCAUGGUGUGCUUUGGAGGUGUUUGAUUGGUUGAGGAAGGAGAAUAGGGUGGACAAGGAGACCAUGGAGCUCAUGGUUUCCAUCAUGUGUGGUUGGGUGAAGAAGUUGAUUCAGGAGCACCAUGGUGUGGGUGAUGUGGUUGACUUGCUUGUAGACAUGGAUUGUGUCGGUUUGAGGCCGGGUUUUAGCAUGAUUGAGAAGGUGAUUUCCUUGUAUUGGGAAAUGGGGGAGAAGGAAGGGGCUAUCUUGCUUGUGGAAGAGGUUUUGAGGCGCGGAAUCCCUUAUGCUGGGGAGGACAAAGAAGGGCAUAAAGGAGGGCCAACGGGGUAUCUUGCUUGGAAGAUGAUGGCUGAGGGUGACUAUAGAAGCGCAGUUAGAUUAGUAAUUCGUUUUAGAGAAUCUGGCUUGAAGCCAGAGGCCUACAGUUACCUUGUUGCAAUGACUGCUGUGGUUAAAGAACUGAAUGAAUUUUGCAAAACUCUACGCAAGUUGAAAAGCUUCACAAGGGCUGGGUUGGUGGCCGAGUUAGAUCGAGAAGAUGUUGAGCUUACCGAGAAGUAUCAAUCCAACCUACUGGCAGAUGGAGUGCGGUUGUCCAAUUGGGUGAUACAAGAUGGCAAUCCAUCACUUCAUGGAGUUGUACACGAGAGGCUUCUUGCAAUGUACAUUUGUGCCGGUCAUGGAAUUGAGGCCGAGAGGCAGCUUUGGGAGAUGAAGCUUGUGGGUAAGGAAGCUGAUGGAGAUCUCUAUGACAUUGUUCUUGCCAUUUGUGCUUCACAGAAGGAGGCCAAUGCCACAGCAAGACUGCUGACCCGGUUGGAGCUUACAAGCUCGCCGCAGAAGAAGAAAAGUCUGGCUUGGUUGUUAAGAGGCUAUAUUAAAGGCGGGCAUUUCACCGAUGCGGCGGAGACGGUCAUGAAAAUGCUUGAACUGGGAUUCUAUCCAGAGUACUUGGAUAGGGCUGCUGUGUUACAAGGUUUGAGGAAAAGGAUCCAACAAUAUGGGAAUUUAGACACUUAUAUCAGGCUCUCUUAUUGGUUUGAGGUUAAAGAAACUCUUGUUGGUGUUCUUGAAAUUGAAGCAUUGCUUUGGAAAGAAAGUCAUGGCGACUUUGAUCUUCUUCAGCAAGGUGAAAAGAAAAGAAAAGGAGAAAUGAUCAUGGAACCAGUUGACCAGAUUGGCAUGCUGGUGUCCCAAAUUGGAUUGGUUCUUCUCAAGGAUAUGUAA